CUGUUGUUUCAAAUCCUCUUUGGGCUGUGUUCUUGCUUCAACAGUGUUUGAACGGAACAGAGUCUGUACCGUGAGGCUUUAGCUGAUUUUUACUUUGAUCACUUCCAACCACUGUCAUUGACAAACCAUCAAAAUGGACUCUCAGGUGCGCCAGAACUACCACCGUGACUGUGAAGCUGCUAUCAACCGUCAGAUCAACAUGGAGCUGUAUGCUUCCUAUGUCUACCUCUCCAUGUCCUACUACUUUGAUCGAGAUGAUGUGGCACUGGAACACUUUGCCAAGUUCUUCAAGGAGAGGUCUCAUGAGGAGAGAGAACAUGCAGAGAAACUAAUGAAGUUCCAGAACAAGCGUGGUGGCCGCAUCUUCCUCCAGGACAUUAAGAAACCUGACAAGGAUGAAUGGUCUAAUGGACUUGAAGCCAUGACCAUCUCACUGGAACUGGAGAAGUCCGUGAACAAGGCUCUACUGGACCUGCACAAAUUGGCAACUGAAAAGGUUGACCCUCAUCUCUGUGACUUCCUGGAGUCUGAAUUCCUAGAUGAACAGGUUGAAGACAUCAAGAAGCUGGGAGACUACAUCACCAACCUGAAACGUGUCGGUGUCCCACAGAAUGGUCUGGGCGAGUACCUCUUCGAUAAGCAUACCCUGGGAAGCAAGAACUAAAUCCAUCUUAGGGAUUCAGCUUCUUCUGUAAAGGCCUAGACGUACAUGUUUUCAAUAUUCAAGGGAGUCAAGUAUUGGAGCCUUAUCACAUCUGUGAUUAGUAAUUGUGAUAUCAUUCAAUAAAUUCAAAGCAUAACAAAAACAUUA